UGAGGUGGGAGGUUUUAUAUGAGAGACUCGAGGAGAUGGGUACACUGCAUUGAUAUCUUCCACGUUGUGCGCGAAAACCACACGAUCCCUCCCCGAUAUUACGCAGUCUAUUUAAACGCAACCACCACACGCCCAUUCCAUCACUCACCUCUGUGCUCGUCUCACCUGCACUCGCGGUGUUCAGGAGAGGAAUCCAGUGAUGGAUCAAGACAAGUACCUGCCAGAGCUCAUUGCCGAGAAGGAGGGCUUGGACACGUCGUUCGUGCACGCGAUGCGCCUUCUCGCGGAAGAGAUUGAAAAGUUCGAAGGAGACGAGUUGAGGAAAGAUGGUGAGGUGAAGAAAUACUUGGAUAUCAUCAGCAACAAAAACAUCAAGCUAUCGGAGCGCGUCCUGAUCCCGGUGCAGCAGUAUCCUAAGUUUAAUUUUGUUGGGAAACUGCUGGGGCCCAGGGGCAAUUCCAUGAAAAGAUUACAAGAGGAAACGGGAGCAAAGAUGUCCAUCCUCGGCAAGGGUUCAAUGAGGGAUAAAGGCAAGGAGGAAGAGCUGAGAAAAAGUGGCGAGGCAAAAUACGGCCAUUUGAGCAACGAUCUUCAUGUUUUAAUUGAAGUUUUCGCACCACCUGGAGAAGCCUAUUCCCGCAUGAGCCAUGCCCUGGAGGAGAUUAAGAAAUUCCUUGUUCCAGAUUACAAUGAUGAGAUCAGGCAGGAGCAGCUUCGUGAGCUCUCCUAUUUAAAUGGUUCAGAUGACCCAAGCCGAGGAAGAACCACGCGAGGACGUGGCUUACGUCUAACCUCCACAGCCUCCACCCGAGGUCGAGGAGGGGCCGCUGCACCCACUCCUCCUGGACGAGGAGCAGCAGCACCCAGAGGAACUGUGAGCACGCGCUCCUCCGUCACCACACCAACACUAGCCAGAGGAGUAUCUGCACUCCGGACCAGAGGAACUACAGGGACUCCUGGAUACAGAGCAUCUGUACUACAGGCCACACACAAAUCAUAUGAUGACUACGGAUAUGAUGAUGGUUAUGACGGGGAAUAUGAUGACGAGAGCUAUGAGGGCUAUGAUGACAACUACAGCAACCAGUCGAAAAGUGUCUCAGAAUACUAUGAAUAUGGACACGGCAAUAAUGGUGAAACCUAUAAUAAUUAUGCUGAAGAGGACUGGACAUCAUCCCGGCCCAACCUCAAAGCUCCAGCAUCAAGACUUAAUCGAGGGGGCUACAGAGAUCACCCCUAUGGUAGAUAUUAAAGGUGCUCCAGAUCAUGUGACCUCCAUACAAUGCAAACCGCAUUUACUAUAGGCUUAAAUAAUAUAAAAAGGGAUUUUUAAGUGACAGGUCAACCAUGUUUUUAAACUCAUUCUUACCUUGGGUGGAGGGAUGGGAGAUACAUGGUCCCUUCUUUUCUUAUCUGAAACUGUUGACUUGUUUGUAAAAUACAUAUGUAAAAUACCAGAAUUUGGCAGUGUACUUUUGUCAUUGAAUGCUCCUUCCUUUAGUUUUCCAUUGUUUGUCCCCAAAAUGUAAAGCAUGGAAUUAGCUACACAUUGUGCUUCCCGGAUUUUGGGAAUCUUAAGGAGAAAGUGUAUCGGCACAGUGAAAAGACUCAUUUUGUACAUAACAUCUUUCUUAAUACUUGAUUUGAUGAUGGUAAAUACUGAGUUUGUAUAUUUAAUUUUGAUAUCAGUAUUGGGUUUGAAAGCAAUUGGCUAUGUAUGUAGCCACAUCCAAGUGCUUUGCUUUGUGUGUAGCUUGUAUUUGUACAUAAACAUGUAAUAAAAAGGAUGUAAAGCGCAUUGUGCAAGCUUCUCUAAAUAGGUGAUUAUAAUUGUUAAACUUGUGUUGCUAUAAUUUGUUAAUAAGGAUGAGAUCAUUUUUUGUAAAAUUAGAUUAGGUACGUACUUGUUUCUAGUACUAAAUGCCUGUUUGACCUGAAAUGGCUAAUAUGUUGUUUUUAUAUUUAACCAAGAAAGCCACAAAAAGGAACCGUAGAGACGUUGUCAAGUCAUUUUGUGUAAUAAUAGAUAAGCUACAUUAAUAGAAUUAAACUUUGUUAAAUAAUUUUUAACAUUAGCUCUAAACUGUUUAUUGACUCUUGAUUAGUCAUUUAAAUGUUUAACAUGUUAAUGGAAAUCAACUGUUUAGAUCAAUAAAUUGAAUCUUUUUUAACACACUCUUUAAGCUUCAGCUUAUUAAACAAUAAGUCGGACUGACUUGUCUGCACUAACGUCACUCUGAGAAUGAUUUGGAGAUUCAGGAGGUAAGAACGUCCCCAUAUUCCAAUAAGAUGUUCUAAGUGCCUUCAGCCUUUGGUGUUAACCACUGUAGCAACACUCAUAUUUAAUCACUCACUGGAGUGAAUGGGAUCCAGUUAAAUUGCUUUAUCUCUGCUACCUACAGUAUAUUUUCUUCUGCUAUUUAUGUUAAGGAACAUCAUUUUUGUUGUAAUACCAAUGCAUUUAAAUAUCAGCACCAUUGAAGGCCCCAUAGAGACCUAAACUCUUUUUUGUGACUAUUAGAACUGAAUGCUGACUCAUAUUAAGACUUCGAAAGGAUGACUAAACGUUAAGCAGGUACCAGUCUCUCUGUGAGCUGAGAAGCACUGGAUUGAAUCAGACUAGGCACUUUGUAGUCAGUAUAUGGAGCAUGUUGAUAAAACCAAUCAGUGAGAAGUGAGAGGGCUUCGUCUCAUUUGGCUGAGGAAGUGCUUAUAAACAGUCUGUGUGCAGAUGCUGUAUGCCCGUGUUUCUAUGGAUCCCAGAGCCCUUCAAUAGAGCUGAUCUCGACAGAACAUCACUGCAGGGCACAGAUGACCACUGCGUAUCCAUCUUGUCUAAAUGAAAGCUGAAUCUUAUGAUGCUGACUUCACUCCUGGAUUGGUUCAUUCAGACCACCGUAGAAGGUCCAAGAAGACACAUUUCUUAAGCUGCAUCACAUCUAAAAAUCCAGGUUGAAUUCUUCAGAGAUAUGG